AAGGGGGUGUGGUGGGGGUAGAAAAACUUGGUGGUCUAGUAUUUUUUUUUGGUGUGGUGGCUCCCCGAGCUAAUCUUAACGUUUAACAUAACAUCAGUAUUUUAACUAGGAUUUUCGUUUCAUGUGUUUAUAUUUUCAAUCUCAUGUUAUUGUCUAGCUGACGAAUCGACGGGAAAAUGCAUAAAUUAAAGUCUUCUCAAAGGGACAAAGUUAAAAAGUUUAUUGCAUUCACUCAAACUGGAGAAGCUACUGCUAUUUAUUGUCUUGCUCAAAAUGAGUGGAAGCUGGAACUCGCAUCUGACAACUUCUUUCAGAACCCUCAAGUCUAUUACAAGGAACCCAAAAUUUCAGUCGAUAGGAAAAGGCUAGACCUGCUGUUUAACAAAUAUAGAGAUCCCCAGGAACCAGAGAAAAUGACAGCAGAUGGUAUCGUGAGAUUUCUGGAUGAUUUAAAUCUUAGUCCAGAUUCUAAAUUGGUUCUCAUAAUUGCAUGGAAAUUCCGAGCUGCUGCUCAGUGCGAGUUCUCAAGAGAAGAAUUUAUGACUGGCAUGACAGAAUUGGGGUCAGAUUCAGUAGAGAAGCUGAAGGCUCGAUUACCCUCUUUGGAUGCUGAACUGAAAGACAAUUUAAGGUUUAAGGACUUUUAUCAGUUCACCUUCAACUAUGCUAAAAAUCAAGGUCAGAAAGGUUUAGAUCUGGACAUGGCAAUCACAUAUUGGAAUAUAGUUCUUCAGGGAAAAUUUCGCUUUUUGGACCUAUGGUGCAAAUUUCUGCAGGAUCAUCAUAAGUGUUCUAUUCCAAAGGAUACAUGGAACCUACUUUUGGAUUUUGCUCUGGUUAUAAGUGAAGAAAUGGAUAACCAUGAUGAAGAGGGUGCAUGGCCAGUUUUAAUUGAUGAUUUUGUGGAAUGGGCAAGACCAUUGGUCAAAACUUCAAAUUCCUUACACACUCAUAGUACUCAGGUUUAGUGUUAAUUAAAUUUAUUGUCUCAUUUGAUAGGCCCACUUGUCAUUUGUUGCAUAGAUUGUUUCCUCAUCACUUGGCCUUCUCCACAAAAUCUUUGUGGAGUUUUGGACCUUCUCAAGAAGUCAUGAGUUACUAUUUUUAAAGACACAGAAGAAAUGUGAUGUUGUUAUGUUUGUGAUACAAAGUAUGUUUAAACUGAAACUAGCCUUACCUUUUUUUUUUUUGUUUGUUAAAUUGUUUUGUAAAGAUCUCUUCACAUUCUUUCGUAAAGGCUUACUCAAUAUAUUCAUAGUUUUGAAUUUCUGGUGACUUUUCCUGGAUGAAAGAAUAGUAUGAAGUGUUUAAAAAAAUGGGGUAAAAUGCCCCUUUGGUAGAAUAACUUGUAACUUUUGUUUCAAGACAAAAACAAUUUUAAAUGUUGGGUGCAGAAACUUGUUAACUAGUUUGAACAUCUUGAAUGUUCUAAGGUGCCAUAGCUCAAGCACCCUUUGUGUUGGUCUAUUAAAAUUUCUAGUGAAUGUAUUGGACUAUUUUCAUUAGCAGUUUUUUGAGGGUACACGCUUCUAUUAUAGUUCAAUUCAGACAGAAAUAUUUUUUAUUAGUGUUAGGUGCUGGAAAGGAGGUACAGGAUGUAGUUUUGAUCUUGAGAUGGGUCACUUAAGUAAUCAUCUGUUACACACUCCAAUUAUGUAGAUAGAUGCCUGAUUGAUUGCACUUGAUCCAGUUAGUUUCUAUUUACUUGCAAGCCUGCUUUCCACUGUUUGCUGGUCCCCAUUCCCUCCCUCUUUUCAAUUUUAAUCGGCUUGUGUGGAGUUGUGGUCAGCUUGGUUUUUACUGUUAGGGUAGUAUUUUCUCAACCCAAUCUAGUUUUCAUCAUGGUCUGAUUUCUUACUUUCUUUGAAGUAUUGAAAUCACCCAGUUUCCAAAAACUAUCAGAAGGUAUAUAACAUGUUAUUUCCUUUGUUUGAAUUGCUGUACUAUUGUCCCUGGCUCUAAGUUAAUAGUUACCUGUCACAUCGAAUUCCAUUUGAUACAAAGAUUUAAUGACCAUACUGCCCAAGUUACACAUGUUGCUGUUCUCAAAGGUUUUCUUACGUAAUUUUCAGAAUUGUUUUUCAGGAUUCCUGUGCAAACUUGAUGUCUUUUAAUAGUAGUACAAGGGUGGCGACAAAAGUGCACUUCUAUAUUAGUACUUUGUGUUGAAAUGAGUGUAAAUGUCAUUCCUCUCAAAACAUUGUAUUAAACCUCAUUUAAAACA